UUGUUUUCUUUCAAAGUCAGUCAUGAUGAUAUCAGGGGGUGGAAUAAAUGAAGGUUUUGGGGAAAUUUUGGAAAAAGCUACCAUCAAAUUCACAGUUGGUUUCCCAGAUUCUUGCAUUCAGACGCUGUCAGUUUUAGAUGAUCAUCUUUGCUCUCAUCCAAGUGCUCUUUCAUUGAUUUUCUCUCUACUUUUGCCUGGCAACCAGCAAAGGAGAAUUCACACUGAAUUUUUUCCAGAGGACAUUCCUCUUGGAGAUGGCGUUGGAGAAAUCGACGCUCAAUUUCAACUGUAGAACAUUCGUUGGGGCAAACCUUGGGAUAACGCUGGCAUUUCGGCCAAUGAUCAUUGACAACCUUUUCAUGUGUCGCCUUGUAAUCACAAUAUUGGCAGGUAAAUGGUCGUUUGUUACAUUCAUUGGAUUGUGCUUCUUCAGAUUGCAUCGCUUGAUACGUCCGCCACACCGCAGGGGACAUUCAACAUCAACGAAAUCACACUGCCCCUCCACUGACCCUGGUUUCAGGUGGUUGUCUAGCUCUCCCAACUCCCCCACCCACUCACAACCAGCAGACUUGUUGUUGCACCGAACUUUCAGUUGCCUCACCUUCCGCCGAAAGAACUUAUCGUCGGUUGUUCUCAGAGGCGCUGCCUUACAAAGCGGACACGGUUUUCCCUCGGCCUGGAGUUUCUGGGCGGCGGCACGUGAGAGAUGGUUUCCGCAGCACAAGUUGGUCUGCACUGGAUCCAGGAGUACCUCGAACGUGACGGGACAGAAGAAUUCUUCGGAUGGCCUUUCUACGAAGUCGUACUCAAAGCUGUUCGUAUUAGCGUUCGAAGCCAUUACAACUUACAAGGACAGGAUCUAGGAGGGAGCUAGGAUGGAUCACCACCACCGCGCGCGCGCGCGACCGUACGGAUCUCGUGCCAUGACGUGUGAGUCGAGAGCGCAUGCGCGCGCUUAUUUCCGGGUCCCUGGUCCUGAAAGAUGGGUCCGUCUUCUUUCUCGAUGUCUGUGUGGACGGUGGCGGUAUUGUUGGCCGCAGUAGGCGUGGCCACAGUUCGCCUCAUCAACAAAGCACAACCAGAUCCCUAUAUGGACGAGAUUUUCCACGUUCCUCAAGCUCAGAACUACUGUGUUGGUGACUACAGUCACUGGGAUCCUAUGAUUACAACUCUACCUGGACUAUAUUUAUCGAGUGUUUUGUGGGUGGAGCCUGUUGCUAGGAUACUGUCGCUACCGACGACAGACCUAUGUACAACAGCCAAUUUGCGGCUGCAGAAUUCAAUGUUUCUGAUUCUCAACUUUCUCCUCUUCUGUUGGUUGCUCAGAAAACUGCACAAAUCAAUCUCAACCACACCCUGCCUGCUGACAGCGGUCUCUCUGACCCACCUCCCUGUCCUCUACUUCUCCGGUCUCCUCUACUACACUGAUGCCGGGUCCCUCUUCGCCGUUCUACUGGCCUACUCUCUCUCUCUAUCACACAGUCAUCUUCUAGCUGGCCUCGUGUCAUUGAUUGCAGUGGUCUUCAGGCAAACUAACAUACUGUGGGUGGUGUUCAUCGCUGGAUCUGCUUUUCUUCAAAAUCUGAAGAACUCUGCACCAUCUUUGUCCAUUUCUUUCUCACCUGGUGAAAGUAUCAAAUUAUUUCUCGCUCUUCUAUCUCUACUUCUAUCUCUCUGGCCUUAUAUGGUCGUCGGGUUGACCUUUGCCCUAUUUCUCGUCUGGAACGGCUCCGUCGUCGUGGGCGACAAGACUCAUCAUCAGAUGCACGUUCAUCUUCCUCAGAUAUUCUAUUUCGUCUCGUUUUCCAUCUUCUUCUCCCUGCCUUACCUACUGGGUAGUGUUAGAUUGUGGCGGGAGUUUUUGAGAGGUAUGAGGAAGAAAAAGAUGAUUGUCGGAGUUGUGUGUCUCCUGCUUUUUUCUCUCGUCUCGGUUCACUACUUCACACAAGUCCAUCCCUACCUGCUGGCUGACAAUCGCCACUAUCCGUUCUACGUCUGGAGAAAAGUCUUUCAGCGCCACGAAUCAAUCAAAUACCUCCUCACCCCAUUCUACUCCAUCGCUACUGCCUUCCUUCUGCACUCUCUUGCUAAAACCCAAGCUCCUCUAUGGAUUCUUCUCUUCAGUUCAGUGUGUCUUCUAGUUCUGGUUCCUCAGCAACUCUUAGAGUUUCGAUAUUUCAUCAUACCUCACGCGAUGUUGCGCCUACACCUCCCCCCUCCCUCUCCCUCCCGAUCUCUCCCUCUUCUGUUUGAGGCUCUCCUCAACGUGGCAGUCAAUUACGCCGCCAUCUGGGUGUUUCUGAAUGUUCCAGUUCGUUGGGAACAUGAUAACUCCACCCACCACUUCAUGUGGUGACCUUUAUGUGUGAACAAUAAUUAUUAUAUAUUUUACUUAUUCAACUGCUGCGCUUGCACACAAAUGCCUUUCAUAUUAUAUAUCGGCUAUAAUUAUUUUAUCAAAACCCAAAGACUUAUUAUAUUAUGUUGUUUUCUGAUGCAAAAUAUUGGCAAUUUCGUAUUCUGGGCAAUAAAUAUUGGUGAAACAGUGGUUUACAGCUGGUAUAAAUAAUGCACCACGUGAUGACGUAACAAUGAUGUAAUAAUGUGAUGGUCACAUGAUGGGUCACAUGACAGUCAUGGAACUGGACCAUGAUGAUGCAAUAGAGUGUAAUAUCCCUGGAUGAUCACUCAACUCUGGGUCCCAGCUGUCUUCAAAGUCGUCUGACUUGCUGUCGGUGGGGUCGGCGGGGUCGUUUCCACGGCUACCACCAACCAUGGAACCAACAAGCGGCAGUCGUGAAGGAGAGCAUCUCCUGACCAGCCACAUGAGCCUCGACCACGACGACGAAUGUUGGUUCUCUAGUGCUUCCUGCCGUCUUGCUCUCUCAAUAUCCUUCAUUAUCUGGUCCAUCUCUCGCCAUAACGACCGCA